CAUCAUCACAUCAGCCUCCAGUCCUCUCUGCUGACAGCUCAAAGGCAGACCCUGCCACUUGUUGCUCCUCAGCCUCUACGCUUCUUUGACUCUUGCAGCAACCCUCAGCCACCUUCUUCUCUUAAGCUGCUGGGUUGCCUGGCUCACCGGCCCGGAGGAGAAUCAUGGUUGCCACCUGCUUGCACCUCACGGGAUUUGUGGCUAGCUUUGUCGGCUGGAUUAGCUUGAUCGUGGCAACCUCUACCAAUGACUGGGUCGUGACUUGCGGCUAUACCAUCACCACCUGCAGGAAGAUGGAUGAGCUGGGAUCCAAAGGGCUGUGGGCAGACUGUGUCAUGGCAACGGGCCUCUAUCACUGCAAGCCGCUGGUGGACAUCCUCAUCUUGCCAGGUAUGGGCUAUCGAAAAACUCCCAAGGGCUGCUUGGGACUUUAUGGCAGAUUGAAAUCAACAGUGCGGCUCCGAUGGCUAUUUGGUUGCAUUCAUGUGCAAGGUGCUUUUACAGAGUAACAAGCAAAAAAUAAAUAAAUGAAAAGUCUGUCCCAAGGAUCUUACAAUCCACUGCUGGGAAAAUAACAGGGACUGGAGGGAAAGAGGAUGGGAGGAGAAAGUUAAGCAUUCAGGGAAGUUAAGAAAGUUAAGUUCUACAAAAUGGGGAAAGUGUGUGCAGGUAUAUUGACUUUGGUAGGUGCAAAAUCUGGCUAAGAAAUUAUUAGCUUUUUUUUUUUUAAAGAGAAAGUUGCUUGGGUUCAGCUUUUUCUGAAAGUUUGACCAGGCAGCAUUGGUCUUUAAUCUUGUAUGUUGUGGUUAGGGAAAUGCACUCUGUGCAUGCUCAGGCAAGCAGACGGUUAUUAUUUUGCAGAAGUGGAAAUCUUGGAAACUCCACAGACGAAAGAUGGAUCAGCAUAUUCUUUUACCACCAAACCCCACUCUGGUUCUUACAGUUCAGUCCCAAGUAUACACUAAUUGGCUUUAAAUUCCACUGAAUUCAGUGGGAGUAAUGAUCAAAUAAGGUACCUCACAUCUGGAUGCUGAUAGGGGCAUCUCCAGGUUUAAUUUAGCGGGUAUGGAUGGUUGAAUUCAAACUGAGGGCUUCUGAGCUUGCACUCUGUGCUAUUACGAUGGCUGUGGUAGAAGAUAUUUAAAUGUCUGCAGAAGAGCAAAUACUGGUUUUGCUCUUUUUUGUUAUAUUUACAUGCUGCUUUGACAUUCUUUCUUAUACCGAUUGGUAGGAGAGACAAAGGAGAGGGCUGCUUCUUCACACAGCUCGCAAUGCAUUUAUGCAACUUGCAGCCACAAGGUGGUGGUGACGGUCGCAAGCUUAGGAAUCUUUAGGAGGAGAUCACACAAAAUUCACAAAGGGUUAGAGAAGGGUUGUGGUGGAUCAGUGAGAGAACAUGCUGCGUACGCAAAAUGUCCCAGGUUCAAUUGUGCAAAGAGAAGCCCUUGUACAAGGCUUCCACCAAAGGGGUUCGUUCAGGACAGAACAUCUGUUUUGCAUGCAGAAGGCCUCAAAUCUAAUCCCUAGCAUCUCCAGGCAAAGCUUGGAGAAAUCCCUGGUUGAUACACUGGGAGCUACUGUCACUGAGGCAAUACUGAGCUAGCUAGACCAGUGGUCUAAUUCAGUAUAAGUCUGCUUGCUGCUGACUGACUACCAGUCAUAAGGCUGAUGUUGUUGUUUAGUCAUUUAGUCGUGUCCGACUCUUUGUGACCCCAUGGACCAGAGCACGCCAGGCCCUCCUGUCUUCCACUGCCUCCCGCAGUUUGGUCAAACUCAUGCUGGUAGCUCCGAGAACACUGUCCAACCAUCUUGUCCUCUGUCGUCCCCUUCUCCUUGUGUCCUCCAUCUUUCCCAACAUCAGGGUCUUUUCCAGGGAGUCUUCUCUUCUCAUGAGGUGGCCAAAGUAUUGGAGCCUCAACUUCACGAUCUGUCCUUCCAGUGAGCACUCAGGGCUGAUUUCCUUCAGAAUGGAUCGGUUUGAUCUUCUUGCAGUUCAUGGGACUCUCAAGAGUCUCCUCCAGCACCAUAAUUCAGAAGCAUCAAUUCUUCGGCGAUCAGCAUUCUUUAUGGUCCAGCUUUCACUUCCAUAUAUCACUACUGGGAAAACCGUAGCUUUUACUAUGCGGACCUCUGUUGGCAAGGUGAUAAGGCUGAUAUGCAAUCUUAAAGUUCAGAGGCACAAUGCUCUGAAGAAUAUGAGCUUACGGGGAGCAACAAUGGGAGAGGCCUGCUUCUUGGUUUCCAGGGGGCAUUGGACUGGCCACUGUGAAAUAGGAUGGUGGACACAGCCAACCUUUGGUCUGAUCCAGAAGGCCUUUUCUUAUAAUCAUACUUUUUUUGCUGUGCUGAUAAUGGAUAGGAUUAGGGUGAUGAGCAUGAGCCACCUACUAUAAGCUCAAAGACGAGAGGAGGUUUGAACCAGAGACCUUCUGGUUCCACACUGUUAGCCCCUGCAUGCUGUAAGCUCUCAUGGGUGGGCAACUUGUAGGCCUGAAAUACAAUAUGAGGAGCCUAUCUGUGCAGGGACUCAUGCAGUUCAUCACUGCGUUAAAAGUUCCUUGCAAUGCUUGCAUGCUAGUGCAGUGUUCAAAAGAAUAUAAGAAGACUGCUUCUGGAUGUAAUCAGUGGUCUGGCUUCAUGUGUUUCCCAGUAGGUACGAAGAUGCCUCUGGGAAGCUCACAAGCAGUCUAUGAAUGCCUCUCCUGCUGUUGUUUCCUAGCAAUUGGCAUUUAGAGUGCCUCUGAAGAUGGGAAUCCCACAUUGCUCUCAUGACCAGCAUCGCAGCAUCAUUUAAGUUGUGCACAGAGGCUCCUUGCACACUCAGUGUUCCUCUUUGCCAGCCUCUAGUUUGCUAACACGAUAGGGCACACAGUUUGACUGCUUAACGUUCACCCAGUGUAAAUGUCAGCAGAGGAAUUGUGGUCCAUGAUGAAUCCGAAGACCAUGGGUCAAAGAAUGCCUCCUGUUGCACCGUCCUGUGUUGCUUUCCAAACUAUGUGUCUGGCUACGGUGUGUCACACGAACGUUCCCCAUGCUCCUUCCGGGGCUGGAACCUCCAGUUUCCUAGUAAAACUGGAUUACUGUGUCGCAAAACGAUGCAUGUCUAAAAUGUGUGUCACCAACAUGAAAAGUUUGGAAAGCUCUGUUCCGGGCCUUGUGGUUUUAUGCUUGCUUCCCAUAGGGAGCUGGUUGGCUGCUGUGAAAACAGGCUUGAUCGGUCAGUGGACUGAUCUAGUAGGCUCUUCUUAUGUCCUUAAGCAUCUUCUCUGUUAUUAUUUUUUAAAAAAAUAACACCUAAUAUAAAUGCUCUUUGCUCUUUGCUUUCUUUUCUUUUCUUUUUUUUAAAGGCAGUUGUUGGCCUUCAUUGACAACAUUGCUGUAGCAGUGGGUCAGACCAAAGGCCCAUCUGGGCCAGAAUUCUGUUCUCACAGUGGCCAACCAGAUGCCCGUGGGAAGACCACAACAACACUCUCCCCACUUGUGAUUCCCAGCAACUAUUAAUGGCCUUAUCCUCCACAAAUUUUUCUAAGCUCCUUUUAAAGCUAUCCAGGUCAGUGGCCACCACCACAUCUUGUGAAGAGGUACCAGGGUCAAGCCAGGACAUUUUGCUGGUUGAAGGAAAAAAGAAAAUGGCGCUCCCCCUCCUCUUUCUCUUCUUCUGCAGUCCUCACCACAACCACUGCUCCCCUCACAGCUGCCUCUUCGCAGUGGUAGGGAAGUAGAAGGAGGUCAGGGAGGAGUGGGUGGGGGUUGGCAGGGGGAAUGGGCUCCUUGGAUCUGCUGCCUGAGGUGAUUGCCUCACCUCGCCUCAUGGCUGGCCCGGUUCUGAGAAGUAGUUUGUUUUGUCUAUCCUGAUUCUUCCAACAUUCAGCUUCAUUGGAUAGCUCUGGGUUCUGGUAUUAUGACUUCACAAUGCUACUUGUGGACCUCUCAGAUGAAACUACAGUUUCCAGGAUUCAGAGCAGGCUUCCUCAACCUCGGCCCUCCAGAUGUUUGUGGCCUACAACUCCCAUGAUCCCUAGCUAGCAGGACCAGUGGUCAGGGUUGAUAGGAAUUGUAGUCUCAAAACAUCUGGAGGGCCGAGGUUGAGGAAGCCUGAUUCAGAGUGUGUGUGCGCUUUACCGUAAAUGUAUUGUAUGUAGCUGCUGUGGCUUGAGUGCUGGGAAAAUGUAGCAUCGCUGCAGUAGAAUGUCUGGAUACACGCAGCCCAGACUUUGGCUCUCUUGCAGGUAAGGAGUAACAGUUGCUGUGCAGAAAGCGAAUUGUCUCAAAAUACUCUUAGGAGAGUUUGAAAAGUCAAAAUCCCAGUCUUUGUUUUCUCGUGGACACACCUGUGGAGAGCUUGCCAUUUCGUUUGCUUCAGAAGCAGAAUAUCACACACACCAGCUUUUUUUUUUGGAGGCCCCUCGUGCAUCACCAAGAAAAGAGGCCGAAAGAGCAUGGCAGAUUUGCAUAAAAUUUGCAUAUGCAAAUUAGACACACAGCUUCACAUUAAUAAAUAAUUGUUAUAAAUUGAAACGUAAUGCACCUCAUUAUAGUGGUGGAGCAGAUGCCUAAAUCCAGAUGCUAAUUGCUGAUGGACAACUUCAAGGCCCCUACUUGCCCUUCUGAGGGUUUUUUGGCUUCGUGUGAAGCAAUCAUUUAAAGCAUGUGAGAUCCCCCCUCCCAAAUCCUGGGAACUGCAGCUUACCCCUCACAGAGCUACAAUUCCCAGCACCCUCAACAAACUACAGUUCCCAGGAUUCUUUUGUAGGGGGAGUCAUGCCCUUUAAAUGAACACCAUGUGUGCAGCCUAAACCUUCAAACCAUACUUGAACUGAUCAGCCCUUCAAACAGAGGAGUCCUUCAAAUAGAGGGCUGUGCUCUGCAAAGGAGGACACAUGCCCGUUACUCAAAGGGCAUGGAUGAGAGGAAGGGGCGUGCAUGCAUUCCUCUGUGUAAAUGGAUAGCCGUCUGGAUAAGGCAUCUGAACUGUCUCCAGGUUUUCAGAUCUCCUGUAUGAAUAUACCUUACUGCAUCUUGUAGGAGGCACCUGAGUUCUGAACGCUUUUUCCUUCUGGCAGGGUACGUCCAGGCAUGUCGGGCUCUGAUGAUUGCAGCCUCUGUUUUGGGACUGCCAGCUGUGUUCCUUCUGGUGACUGUCCUGCCUUGCAUCCGGAUGGGCAACGAACCUGGAGUGGCCAAGUACCGGCGUUCCCAGCUGGGAGGAAUCCUGCUAAUACUCUUGGGUAAGAUUUGCGCACAGCCUGGCUCACUCACUUGCCAUUGACGCCAGCCUAAUCUGCAAAAGGCCAAGUUUUCCAACUGGGGGAUGCAGUAGUAUUUCAAGGUUUCCUAAAGGAAAGCCUGACUUUGUAGGAACCUGAGGAGAAAGAUAAGGACUUUGCAAACAUUACAGAACCCAGACUCUCAGAAUGACCUAGAGGGUCCAUUAAAAAAAGCGGAGACUGAAAAACAGUACACACUAAGGCAGCCUCCCCUAAGCCAGUGCUCUUCAGAUGUUGCUGGACUACAAUUUCCAUAAUCACUGAGCACUAUCCAUUCUAGCUGGGGCUGAUGGGAUUUGUAGUCUAGGGUUGCCAGACCUGCAGGACUGACCAGAAGUCUCCAGGGUUGCCUAGCCUCUUCCAGGUGGCAGAAGAAGGGCCUGAAUCUCCAGGUGGAAGAAAGUGCCUUAAAUUUGUUUGUUUGUUGAGAAGACUACGUGUGCAGCUUGCAAGCUUCAGCAUGGCUGAAGCCAGCCUCAACUUAUUGCAUAGACUCUCUAAAGCAGCAGUUCUCAGAUGUUGUUGGACUACAACUCCCAUCAUCCCUGAGCUCUGGCCUUGCUAGCUAGGGGUGAUGGGAGUUGUAGUUCAACAACAUCUGGGCACCCACAAGUCGAGAAAGGCUUCUCUAAAGGGAGGGAGGGUCUUGCCCUCCUUGCUCCCUGUCCAUAGUCGCCUACUUGUUAUCAGAGGCCCAGAAUCCACAUUCCUUUGUAAGAAAAUAUGAAAUAAUGUAAAACCAUUUUUGCAGGCAAAAAACAAAAACAAACAAUGUGUGUGGGGGGGUGACAAAAAAAAUUCUGCACUGGGGUACCACCUGACCUUCUGACGCCUCUGCUCCCCAAUUAACCUCCAUCUCCAAGGCUCAGUGAUGGGAGGGAGAGCAGAGGAACAUCACCAGGGCCUGCUCCCAAAUCUCAGUUUGGGGCCUUGAAAUCUCAGGGUCUGAGAUACUCCUGACCUCGCAACCCUAUUGUAGCCACAUCUUGAUGACAGCAAUUGGGGAAGGCUGCAGGAAGGCUUAUUACUAUUCCCCUGCCCUAUCCCAGGAGCAGCUAACAUUUUGCAAACAGAGUGCAAAGGCCUGGUUCACAGCUGUGGACCUUGCUGCUAUAAAACCCUGGAGAGGGAGACUUGUCCCUGUGUGCCCUCCACAGCUCUGCUCAGUGUGGCAGUGGCUUGGAGCAUCUCUCAGUCCAGUCUAUGUUUCCCCCCCUUGCAGUGGGGUGGAAGACCCAGUCAGUAUCACCCUGAUAACAAUGAGCUCCACAGUCUUCUCCAGCACCUGCGUAUUCUCAAGGCCUCCUCAUCUCCUAACAACAGGCCUCGGUGUCUUGUUUUCACCCGCUUGUUUAGCUGAGGGGGAGGUGGGGGGCGGCUGAGGAGAGAGUUGCCUCUUUGUGCCGUCCUGCCCUGAAGUCGGCUCUCUCCCUGUGGCAGCCAGAGCUGACAUCAUGCCUUAUUUAUAGCAGGCGCUCUGUGCGGUUCCCCCCAACACGCCAGGGAGGCUAAGCGGAGACGUGUCCAGCUGCAGUAGAGGCUUCGAGUUGUCUGCAAGCCACACCAUGUAGGCAAUAAAGCCUAAAGAGUGGUAGGAAUUGCCAGGCAAAAACUGGUGGACUAGUUUCUUGCUGUGUCUUGCAGAGAUGGACCUAGGGUAGUGCAAAGUGCAAUGCAGACUGAGGAGAACAUCAAAAAUAUCCAGGGCUUGGCAGGCCCAUAGUUAAUGGUGGGCUGCCCCCUAAAUAUUAUUUGCCCCCCCCCCAAUUUUCUUUCACAAACAAAUACUUAAACAAGCAAGCAAGCAAGCAAGCAAGCAAGCAAGCAAGCAGGAAAGCCUAUGUUCGAAAGGUCCCAUUGUCAUGCUUUUUCCACCUCCUUCCUCCUGCUGAGGAAAAAAAUUCCUGGACUAGAUAACCCAUGUGGUUCCCUCCAACUUUGCAAUUCCAUGAUAUAGUUGUCUCUUAAGCCAAUAGGUACCAUGCAUUCUCAAUGUCUGCAUAUCCCUUCCUAUUGAUAGCAAGCAGGCAACUUCACUGUGUUCUUUUCAGUGUCUGCUUAAAAACAUUCUUGUUUAGGCAAGCCUACCCAGAGGCUUAGAAAUGCUGGUGGGAAUCAGUAUUUUAACUUUUUGUAUAUUUUUAAGUAUUGUAAUUUUUUCUUGGAUUUCAUUGUUUUAUCUUUUUGUAAACUGCUUUGAGGUGGUGGACUCUCCUUCCUUGGAGGUUUUAAAGUGAAGGCUGGAUGGCCAUCCCUCAUGCACAAAUGAUCUGGUUGAGAUUCCUGCAUUGCAGGGGGUUGGACUAGAUGACCCUGGGGACCCCUUCCAACUCAACAGUUCUGUGAUCCAGUGAGGCAUCAAUUAGUCAUUGCCUGUGCUGAGCUAAAUGGACUCAUGGUCUUAACAGCGGAAGGCAGGUUCCUCGGUUCCUAUGUGACUAUGUGCUUCUACUUUUGUUGUAAGCCAUGCUGGCUGCUGUGCGAAUGGCAAAGAGCACAGCAUAUUAAAUAUUUAGAUAGUGCCAGCCUCCUAACCACGGUUGGGAGAUCCGGCAGCAGUGCAUCUGCUCCAGGCCACAGCAGAAGACAGCAGGCAACGCAGAAUAGUUGUUGGCGGCUUGCCAGGAAAAUAGCAAGCUCUGAUCUUCCAGCUGAUUUAAUGACAGCUGAAAACAGAGGUUGAAAAUCAUAGCAGAGGUGCCCACCCUUCCAUCCUGCUUGAUGGUUUUUAAAAUGCCCCCUGUAACCCUGUUUGCUCAUCAUAUCUGACAGCAUAUUGGAGUUUUAAUACACCAAAUGAGGCUGGAAACAGAGAAAAGAAUUUUCAAAGUGCUUUAGGCAGUGUGGAAUGUUUUUUAAAUGGUUUGGAAAACCACAAUGUCAGGGAGCUGCCAUCAGUACUGGAGGGGGAGAGCGAAAGCCAGAGGGAUUCCAGAGAGCGUCCAGGGAUCGGGAGGAGCAGCCCAUCUUCUGGGGAAGAGAAUCAGCGUAGCACCAGGGGAGAAGGGGGGCAGCUGGGAGAAGUGGCGAGGCGGUCUCAUGACUCCUUGCCUGGGACCAGCGGGGAGAGUAGGGGUCCUCCGUUGCCCACGCCCUCCCUGCGCAGAAGGCUUCCGCGCAGAGAAGGUAGGCGGAGACUAGGCGUCAAAGAACUUCUUUGCUGGAAGAAGUUUAAGAAAUGCCCACUCACGGAUUCUGCCAGCGAUUGAGUCAGCCACGGGUGAGUGGCUGUCCGGACAGAAAAGGUUCACUUUGGCAACCCAGCCAGGUGUUUGCACCCAGCCGGGGAGAUAGGCACCUGCUUAUGCACGAGCAACCCCUAGAACCAUUACACACAAUAUGAUUGAUCAAAGGCAGCAAUGAGGCAUAAACAAAUAUGCAGUAAGGCAGGGGGUAACCAAUGUGGUACCACCCAGAUAUUUUGGACUAAUAAUAAUAAUAUUUUAUUUAUAUCCUGCCCUCCCCAGCCGAAGCCGGGCUCAGAGCGGCUAACAACAGUAAAUUAAUACAGCAUUCUAGUAUCAAUUCAUUAUAAAAUCAGUUCAAAUCAAAUUAAUGCAACCAUUGGGCUAGAGUUCUGUGAGGAUUACCAAAGGAGGGGGUCAGACUGUACCGUGGCCAAAGGCCUGGUGGAACAGCUCUGUCUUGCAGGCCCUGCGGAAAGAUGUCAAAUUCCUCAGGGCCUUAGUCUUUUGUGACAGUGUUCCACCAGAUCGGACCUCCAGGAUGUUUUUGUCCCCUCCAGGGACCUCCAGGAUGUUUUUGUUUGAAGACCGUAAGGUCCUCCGUGGGACGUACCAGGAGAGGCGGUCCCGUAGGUACAAGGAUCCUAAGCCGUAUAGGACUACAGCUUCCAUUCGCCCCAGCAAGCAUUGUCAAGGAUGAUGGGAGUUGUAGUCCCCAACAUCUGGAAGCCACCAUUUUGGUCACUCCCAGUCACUUCCAGCAAUUAUUCUGCAAGCUUUUUUGUAGGGAUUUUCCUUUGCGUUCAACAAGCUUUCUUCUCAAACAGACACAUUUUUGGGGGGGAAAAUUUGAAUGUGAAAAAGAUGCCUUUAAUGGGUUUUGAAGAUUAAAAGCCUUUCCACAACAGAGAAAUAAAAUAGGUUCUAGAAUAUCUAGAGAACAGAUAUCCAGGCAUGUCUGAUCAGUGCAAGGAUCUCCACUUGCGCAAUAGGACUUUCUGCCCUCUCCUCUCCCGUGUGCCCCAUGCCCUCUCCAAAUCCUGCUCUGAAGUGUUGGGGAAAACCCAGAACAGAUUUAAGGGGCGUGUAGGGCAUGCAAACCCUAUACGUGAGCAAGGUGAGUGAGAACUAGUGUGUUCAUUUCCACCCCUCAUGCCAGCAGCUCAGUUGCCAGAAGUGGCUUGCUGGAUGGGAUGGGAUGGAGCUGCUUUGCUUGCUUCCCAGCAGCAGGGGGCUUGCUGCUGGUUCCCAGGAGGGAAAGAGGGAGGGGAGGUUGGUGUGGUGUAAACAUGCUGGCAAGAGCACUUGGUUGGCUCUGCCCUGUGUUUGCACAGCGCUGACCUCCCUGCAGCCUCUCCCUCCUGUGAGCCACACAAUGAUGCACCUGCCAGGAUGCAGCAGAGCAGUUCUGCCUCACAUUGCCCUCCAGCUCAUGCUUCCAGGACCUCGUAACAACAUUUCUUCAUGCCAUUGGUGCCAACAUGCACCACAGCUGCUGAUUCCUUCCCAGCACCAUCUCCUAGGCCAUCUAGGCAACAGCAGACCCUCUAAAUGUCCCUGUUUCCCAGGGACAGUCCUGGAUUUACAGAAGCCGUCUGGGUUUCUGAUUUGAUCCUGGAAUGUCCCGUUUUUCCUUAGGACGUCCCUAUUUUCAUCGGGAAAAUGUUGGAGGGUUUGGGUGCCUGCUCUUCUGCUCCUCCACCUGAUAAAAUUAGGGUUAAGGGUAGCCGACAGGUAGGAGACAGUGUGUGCUUGGUUCCAGUGUUUGUUGUGAUGCUCACAGCAGUUCCUCCACCUUGCAAAAGUGCCCAAAGGCCCCCUAAGGCUGGUGUCCCCUUACCUGAUGCAACCCACUCUCACACGGUAAUAGCCGCCGCCAUUUUGUGUCACAUUCUCCCACCGGCUAAAUAGUGUGUUUGUUGCUUUUAAACCGAACUUUUGUCCCUGUUUUCUUUUCUCCAUUCCCUCCCUCUCUCUCUGUUGUGUAACCUCAGCACUUUGACACUGCCUCAAGACAUCUUUCGAUGUGGUCUCUGGAACAAAUGUAGCUGUACCAAAGUUUUGUUGUUAUUUGACUGAUUUCUCAGGGACCAAAUCCAGCGCCGCUCUCUUCCACAGGAAAUAAAAGUAUUGCCCAGUUUGAUGAUUCUCAGAUGUGGAAGCCGUUUUCUUUCCCUCUUAAAAAGCGUGGUUUUUAAGAUGCAUAUUAUCUUUUGAGGGUCUUAUUGCCUUUGAUUCCUGUGGCUUAAACAGGAAGUGAAGGUAUUAGGCACUUUGCCAGGCCCUUGAAGACUUAAAAGGAAACCAUUCCCAUCCCUGAAUUGCUACAUGAGAAACAUCUAAUAUUUAGAAUACUGUGCACAGUUUGGGUUACGCCAUAUCUUUUUCUGAGGGGUGAUCCACCUAUUUUAGUGUACUAAUUUGAUCUACUGUUUUGUGAUGUAUUUUCUGUUUGUUUCACGGUUGCAAUUUUAUGUUGAUUUUGUGCUGCCCAUUUCCGUGAUCCUUUUCUUAAUGUUGGCGGGAGAUGAUUUUUUGCAAAUAAAUGAAAGCAACCCUAUAUCACAGCACAGAUAUCACAGAAAAGAACGAUUAAAAUUAUGACAUGUUUGCAUGAUGUUCUAUGCUCCCUGCUGAACAAUGAUGAUCUUUCUCUUUCCUUUUCCCCCAAAUAUUUCCCCAGCUCUGUGUGGCGUUGUGGCUACGAUUUGGUUCCCCGUGAGUGCUCACCGUGAAACCAUGAUCAUGAGCUUUGGAUAUUCCCUUUACACGGGCUGGAUUGGGUCCGCUCUUUGCCUUUUCGGCGGUUGCAUCAUUGUCUGCUGCUCGGGCGACGCGGAAACAUUUGGCCAGAACCGUUUCUACUAUGGGUCAGGAUCCAGCUCCCCAACCCAUGCUAAAAGCGCCCAUGUAUAAAUGAUCCUGAGACUUCCUGCGCCUUUAUCACCAAAUGUUUCAAAACGGGUGGAUGGGUUUUCUUUGUGCUCCAGGUGUUGCGCUUGCUUGCAUCUUUGUGCACUGGUUGACCUCAUCCCUUGCAGAAGAUUCAAAGAAACAGUGUGAUAUUUCUUAAGCAAUAAACUCCACCGGUUUGCCUUAAUAGAAACCUGUAGCAAAAAAAAAGACCAGGUCAGCCCUUAUAAAAGUCUCACUGCCCAAGGCUUAUAUAUUCACUGUUGAAACAUUAAGUUUCCCCCUCUUUCCUCCUUCUCCCUCAGUCUAGGAAGGUAGUUAACAAAUACACACCUGGAUUGCUUGAAUUGCCAGUCUUUUUCUCAGAAAAAGUGACCGACUACUUCCUCUCCCUACUUCCCCAGAUCCAAGGUCAUCUUUGGGGGCAAAGUUACAACGAAAGGGAGAGGAAGGCACCGUACUUUCCCAUCUGCACAAAUGUUUUCUUUUUCAUGAGAUUAGGGAGUAAUCCCUUUGCUUUCUCGGCAAAAGUUUUCAAGGAAUUUGAUCACUUUAGUAACAGUGUUUUUGUCUAAACGCAUCAGUAUGAAGGAGAUGAAGUGAAAAGUUUCUAAUUGCAAGGUAAAUAACAGAACACUUGUACAUAGCCUUAAAAUACCUGCGACGGGGCUGCUCCCCGCAACCUCCCCUUCUUUUGUACAGGUUUGUUGCUAAAUGUAGUUUAUUUUUAUUUUUUACUUUGUUCCAAUUAAUUUGUAUUCUGACAUGCACUAUUGAAGUGGAACUUAUCUUAAAAAAUUACUAUAAUCUAUCAGUUGCCAGUUCCGUGAAAAAAUCCAAUGAAUACUGAUGAUGCUUUUGGUCUUUAAGUGAAAUACUGUAAAAUACACAGCAAUAAAUGUUGAAAUUACUAGUUUA